GACGCUGGUCGGUGACACGGAGCCGGUCCGGUUCUGGCACCAUGGCGUCCAACACAGCGGUCAUGGCGAGCCUCCCGAGCGGGACCGGAAUCUGCAGCACCGUCCCGGACGUCUUGUACCUGCCCGAACUGGUCUUCGGCGGUCUGGUGUGGAUCCUGGUGGCGUGCACGUACGUGGUCCCAAACAACCCUCAGGGCUGGGUCAUGUUUGUCUCCGUCUUUUGCUUCUUCAUGACCUUCAUUUGGAUGUUGGUGUUCGCCUUCGGGGGCCAUCACAACAAGAGCAGCUGGGCUGCAGCGGACUUUGCGUACCACGGCAUUGCUGCCUUCUUCUACCUCAGUGCUUCGGUGGCGUUGGCCAUCGUGACUCUGGAGAUGAGAAACAGCAACAUCGUCCAGAAUUAUCACCUGGACAUCUCAGCAGUGGUCUUCUCCUAUGUGACGACGCUCCUCUACUUCAUUCACACCAUCCUGUCCGCUAUCCGAUGGAAAACCUUCUAGGACGUUGCUCCUCAGAGCAGACCUGAAUUCCUUCUGAAACCUUGUACAUGUUUGAAGUUGUGGAACGAAGGAUCUGGA